GUUCGCUGGAAAGGAGGAGGCAAGAUGGCUGCGUCCGUGGGCUCCGGGUGUCUGCGGUUGCUGUGCAGAGUCGCACCGUGGCGGAGCAGCCUUCGCCACUGUGAAAACACUGCCCAGAACCAUUUCCAGUCCCUUUGGAACCUGCCUUUUAGAGCCUUUCACACAGGUGCCAGAAAAGUGCACACUGCCCCUGCCCGAGCCUUGUUCCUGCUGCGUCCCUUGCCCAUUCUGCUGGCCACAGGUGGCGGGUAUGCAGGGUACCGGCAGUAUGAGAAGUACAGGGAGCAGCAGCUGGAGAAGCUGGGAUUGGAGAUUCCACCCAAACUUGCUGGUCACUGGGAGGUGGCCCUUUACAAGUCGGUGCCCACGCGCUUGCUGUCACGGGCCUGGGGCCGCCUCAACCAGGUGGAGCUGCCACACUGGCUGCGCAGGCCUGUCUACAGUCUGUACAUCUGGACCUUCGGGGUGAACAUGAAGGAGGCCGCCGUGGAGGACCUGCACCACUACCGCAACCUCAGCGAGUUCUUCCGGCGCAAGCUGAAGCCGCAGGCCCGGCCUGUCUGUGGCCUGCACAGUGUGAUCAGCCCAUCGGAUGGGAAGAUCCUCAACUUUGGGCAGGUGAAGAACUGCGAGGUGGAGCAAGUGAAAGGGGUCACCUACUCCCUGGAGUCGUUCCUGGGCCCACGCACCGGCACAGAAGACGCGCCCUUCCCACCAGCCACCUCGUGUGACUCCUUCAAGAGCCAGCUGGUCACCCGGGAAGGGAACGAGCUCUACCAUUGUGUCAUCUACCUGGCCCCCGGGGACUACCACUGCUUCCACUCCCCCACUGACUGGACUGUUUCUCACCGGCGCCACUUCCCAGGCUCCCUAAUGUCGGUGAACCCGGGCAUGGCCCGCUGGAUCAAAGAGCUCUUCUGUCACAAUGAGCGGGUGGUCCUGACCGGGGACUGGAAACAUGGCUUCUUCUCACUGACGGCCGUGGGCGCCACCAACGUGGGCUCCAUUCGCAUCUACUUUGACCGGGACCUGCACACGAACAGCCCAAGGUACAGCAAGGGCUCCUACAACGACUUCAGCUUUGUGACACACGCCAACAAGGAGGGCAUCCCCAUGCGCAAGGGCGAGCACCUGGGCGAGUUCAACCUGGGCUCCACCAUCGUGCUCAUCUUUGAGGCCCCCAAGGACUUCAACUUCAAGCUGAAAGCAGGACAGAAGAUCCGCUUUGGAGAGGCGCUGGGCUCCCUCUAGAGCCCCUCUCCCGGCUGCAGCUGCUGAGGGAUCUUCUCCAGAGAAGCAGGAGGGUCUUCUAGAGACCCUGUGAGGCUGCCCGGGUGAGGGGCCUACCUCAGGGCUGUGAGGCCUUGGGAGCUGACCAGGUAGGACCUGAAUGACUGCCUCUGCCUGUCCUGAGGUGCAGACCAGAGGUUCUGGAUCUUUCUCACCAGGUCAGAGCCCUGGUGGUGCCCUGAACUGACGGUUUCCCUUCCCUCCCAUGAGAAAAGUACAGGCUGGAAUGAUCUCAACUUCACUUUAGGAUGGUUAAAAACAUGCUGUCACCUGGAGACUAGUCCUUCUCCUGGCUGAGCUGAGCAUUCUCGGGUCUUGGGUUUGGUUUUCAGAUGAGUGGGAAUGCACCUCCUUCCUGCCCUUCCUGUCCCCAGGGCUGUUUUCUGUCGGCCCCUUUGGUUUUCUUUGGCCUUAACCCUCUGCCUCUCCCUGCACAGUGCACAGGGUGAGGGGCUGCCCUGCUGCAGAGCAGGGCUCUGCGGCCUUCAUGACAACCGCUUUCUGUUCCCAAGUUCGCCUCCCCCUGCUCAUUGGAAAAAGUGUAACCUUCCUUCUUUGCACUCAUGGCCGAUGUGUCAUCCUGGACUCUGCCAGCGUCUUCUGAGGAUGGGGUCUAAUGACGUGGACCUCUGCAGGCCCCGAGGAGCCCCUCCUGGAGCUGGCCGAGUCCUCUUGGCAGCAGGCAAGGCCAGAGCACUCCUGAUGGCAUCCUGCAUGAACAGGGCAGGCCGGCGGUCAGCCAGCCGGGGACCCGAGGGCUGCGUCCCAUCCCAGAUCCCGUGGGACAGUUGCUGCUGUUGGUGCAGGGAGUGUUGCCGUGUGGUGGUCAGUGCCUAGAAAAGCUGUCCCUGGUAACAGGUAUCUGUCUUUGGGAAGCCCCAUGGUGGGGACAGGGCUGGGUCGCAUAUUGAUCCUGGGGACGCUGUGAAUUUCUCCUGCAGGAGAAGUCAUUGAACUUUUUCAACUGUAUCAGUAGCACAGUAUUUUUGUAUGAAAAGUGGGAGACUUCUGAACAGUAAUUCAUUUAAUUGCAAAACAUUUUGAAAUAAAAAACCUCAUUGUA